AUGAAGGAGGAUCAGGUUGUCAGCCGUGUGAAUCGUGAUUUGUUCUUUAAAGUGGCUUCUGAAUUAGAAAAGGAACGGUUAGAGGCUGCUAUUCAAUUAAUUAAUGAAAUAAGCCGUGUUGACACUAGGGAAAGUGAGGAUGGAGUUCGUGAAUGGGAGUACGUGAUAGGGAGGCUUGUGAAGGGUUUGGCUUCAAACCGUGGUGGUGCUAGGCUUGGGUUUUCCAUGUGUUUAACGGAAGUGAUCGCUUUGGCUCUUGAAAGGAGGGACAUCCUUCCUUCCAUUUAUGCAUUCUUGAAUCAAUUGGAACAGACUUUACCGGCUGGUACUGCGUUUAAAAAUGGGAAAGAGGAACGUGGAGUUUUAUUCGGACAAAUGUUUGCAUUACAGUCACUGUUAAAUGAGCCUGUUUUCUCGAAAUUGUUUCUCUCAACUGAUGAUAACAGCAUUAAUAUGGAGUUUUUGUUGACAUAUUUGAAUAAAUUGAUUCAGCUUGCCCUUUCUAAGACUUGGCUGCGUGAACCUUGUCUUUAUAGUGUGUAUCAGACCAUUCAGAAAUGUGAAACUCGGUUGUUCAAUGAUCCUACGGCAAUAAACUUGAUACUGGGACUUUUAGACGAGAAAAAGCUAACGUUGACUAACGAGGGUCUCUCGAUCUACCUCAUGUUCAACGCACAAAGAGAUACGUAUUCAUCAUCUUUGGUUAUUCAUAAUUCAGGUUGGAAAAAUAAUGAUCCUUUAUCCAAAGGCAACGUACAAUUGUUGGCUUCUGUUUUAAAGGAUGUCGUUCCGGUGGAAAAAUCUGAUUUGAAGCAAAAGGGUACUUGGGCACCAAGGUUACACUAUGUAUGGGAUAUUUUGCUGCCGUUGCUUGAAGAUGAUGGAUCUUUCGGACAGUCUAUGGAGUCUCAUAUCUCAAAGAAAAGGAAGAAAAAUACAGCAUCGAUGUCUUCAGAACGUACGGGCAGAAUUCAAUUCCCAGAUUUCUGGCAGGCUGUUGUAGACGAAUCCUUUUUUAACGAAAAGUCUUCUAAUGAAAGGAAGUACCUAGGAUUUCUCAUCUUAGAGGAAGCUAUCAAGGUUUGUUCCCCUAAACUAAUACAAGUUCUAUUGUCACAGAAUUUGUUAAGAUGUAUAAUCAAUCAGAGCCAGGACUCUCAACGCAUGUUGAACAAGAUAUCUACACAGGCGCUGAAAUCUAUUGUUGCUGAAUGUGAAAGAUCUCCUGCUAAAGUUGUACCGUUAGUUGAAGUCUUUUGGUUUGGAAGGAACGGAAGUAUAAACUUUGAUAAGCUCAUCAAAAGCAAACUUGUAAAUUCACUAAUUUCAACCUCAUCGCUCGAAAAGGAACAUUUGGUUGAUUUGGUCAAUCUGUUAAUCUCACAGUUACCCCAAGAUCAAUCAACUAAGGAUAGCUUCAAUUUAACUAGAUUCAUUUUUGAUACCUUCCUGCAUAUCACUCGAGCCCAUAAGACCCGACUAGAAUCUCACUGGGUUAAACCACUUCUCUCAGCAAUUAUUAAGGCUGCUUUUUUUAAUGAGUCUGAUAAUAGUAAAUUAUCUGAGCUUGCUAAAGAGAGAUUAUAUUCCAUUCUCGGAGAACUUAUUAGCGAGCCCUCGAAAAGUAGUGGAGACAUUUCAACCUGGCCUUACAUCGCUUUACAGAUCAUUUUGAAAAUCGAGGGGUCUGGAUCUACUCUUUCCAUUGACCUUGAUGAAGAUUUGGAAUCUGUUAGAAAAUCUGCGAUUAAGAGUUUGAAGCAAAACCAUUCAGAUAACAAGAAUAACACAAAUCCUAAGCUAAAUGGUCUUGAGCUCCUCCUAUCUGUGGCCAUCUUGCAACUAUAUGCUGGGGAUGAAGAAUCUGUGUCCAUUUUACAAGAUCUAAUAUCAUUCUAUGAAGAAUGUGAUAAAGAAUCCACUGACUUGGUUGGUAUCACGGAGAUUCUACUAUCAUUAGUUGCUCAAAGAAAAUCUUUGUUGAAAAAAUUAAGUCUUAUAGUGUGGGAAUCUUUCGUGCAUGAUAUCGGCGAACCUGAACUCAAUGUACUAUUACAAACAUUGACUGCCAGAGAGAAUAAACAAGGUUUUGCUGAUCUUUUUGAAGGUGAUGAAGAAGAGGACGACGAGGAUGCUGUUGAACGAGGAACAGAUGAUGAUGAUGAUGAAGAUGAUGAAGACAAUGAUGACGAUGAUGAACCUAGUGCUGAAGAUUCUGAGGACGAUGUUUCUGAAGAAGACAAGGAUGCCGCUUUGGAAAAAAUAGAAAAAGAGGCAACAAGUGCUUUGGCAAAAGCUUUGAACCUACCUGACUCCAUUGUCGGUGAACAUGGCGAUGUUCAACUGGGAAACAACGAAGAAGAGGAUAGUGAUGAAGAUAGUGAUGAAGAUGACGAUUUCAGUGGUGAAGACGAGUCCAUGGAUGACGAAGCGAUGAUGCAACUUGAUGAUCAACUAUCUGAAAUCUUUAAACGUCGUAAGGAAGCUUUGGGCUCUGUUCCGACAGGCAAUAAAAGAAAGGUUGAAGUUCAAGAGUCUCGGGAAAACGUUAUUUCCUUCAAACAUAGAGUAGUCGAUAUGCUUGAGAUUUACGUGAAGAGUUUUGAUCGCGCUGUAGCUAGAAAUAAUACUUCCAUUAUUACAGUUGAAGAAUGGAAUAACCUUUCAAGUAUCAUCUUACCAUUAUUAAAAUGUUUGCAACACACUUUGGAUAAGGCUUUAGCAGACAAAUGCGCUAAACUAAUGAAACUAAGGCUAUGUAAGGUUAAGGCAACUAUUGCAAAAGAAGAGAAGACAGUUACUUCAGAAAUCUUUCAUUUACUGGAAAAAGUCCAUAAGCUCAUAAUGACUGCCAAGCCAGGACAAUUUCAACAACUGUUUUUUUCCACCUGUUCUUUAGCCUCAUUGUUUUUGUCCAAGUUAUAUCUCUCCAGCGGUGGUUCUCAUGAGAACUUGAUUGAUCUAUAUGCAGACACGUCGAAAGCUUGGAUGAAAGACGGAAAAUGCACAGUUAAUUUCUUCAUUGAUUUUUCAAACUGGCUUCAAACAAAGAGAGCUGCAUAA